AAGAUGGCGGCGUACGAGAAGCGGCGGGCGGCCGCCGCCCCGGCUCCGGCGGCAGACAGUGGGCUGGGGAGUGAGGCGGAGUUCCUGCUGCGGGCCGGCGUCACCGCCAUGGUGCGGGAGGCGCUGCUGAAGGUGCUGGAGGCGCGGCCCGAGGAACCCAUCUCCUUCUUGGCCGACUACUUCGAGCGGCUGGUGCUGGGUGGCCCCGGUGCGGCGGGCGAGGCCUCCGCGGAGCUCCCGGGGCCUCCGCAGCGCCUGGCCCGGGCGCUGUGGUACGUGCGCCUGGCUCACCACUCCCACAGGACGGCCUUCGACAGCAACGCCGGCGCGGCCUACGAGGUGCUGGGCGCCGGCGGCCGGCGGCGGAAGGCGGGCGUGGACGGGCGGCUGUACAGCGAGCUGCUGCAGCGCAUCUGCCAGCACGGGGGAGCGCCGGCAGAGGCGGCGGCAGCGCUGCUGGGGCGCGUCCGCUGCCGCGACCACGAGGCCGUGCCCUUCGACAUCUUCCGCUAUGGCGUCCUCACCUGCUUCGUGCUGCUGGAGUUUGCAGCCAAGGCGGACGCACUCUUCGGCAUCCUGGACGGUGGCUCCGGCACUGCCGAUGGCAGGGUCUGCCAGGCCGUGCUGCGGGCGCUGGAGGAUGCGCUGGGUGCCGGCCACUUCUCGCUCCCUGGCCGCUACCUGGAGGCGGGCUCCAAGCUGGGACCGGACGGGCUGGCCCUGGCCAUGGACCGGGCACUGCAGGAGAGGAAGCUGAGCGCCUCCAUGAGCAGGGAGGAGUUCCUGAAGAAAGCCACCGCCUUGUUCAUUGCAAAAGUGAAGCCCGUUGAGUAACACUCGGGUGGGAGCAGCGCUGGCUGCAUCCGCUUCGACCUCCACAAGUGCUCUGCACAGAGCUGUUCAGGUGAAGGAGGCUCCGGGCCCCGGCGCUGAGCUGGACAGCGAACACGGGAGGCUGGUCAGGCGCUGGCUGCAGAGCCUGGGUCUGCCCGAUGAGAGAGUCUCAAUUUCCAUGCUCCUUUUCUUGUUCCGAGCACGACAGGUGCCCAGCCAUCUCCAGUGCCGGAUGUGUCCCUGUCUGCUGUGCCUCUCCCAGCUGCAGCUCCUCUGAUUCAGCUGGCAUUAGUAACUUUUUUUAGGUGUUAACCGGAGACUUGCAAGGAGGUCUGUAAACCAUAGGGCAGCGUUAGUCAUUAAAAAUGAGCCAGAAUGAAGUAGAUGUGGGGCUGGACCUCCAGAUACCCUGCAGUUUCAUGCCAGUCCUGGCAAUGUCCUGUUUUUGCAGCUUCAGCGGGGAACUUUGUUUCUGCUUUUGGGUUUGUUUCACAUUUACCUGUGAAGUGGGGAGCGACACUUAUCUACCUCACAGACUACUGUGAGGAUUUGCAGGUAAAUAAGGGGCUGAGCCAAAGUGUGAGAGAAGGCGGUAUUAAACAAAAUGUUUUAAAUGCACAGCAGGUAAGAAACAGCUGGCUGGGAAGCAAACAUCACCGGGAAGGGCUGGGCGCCAAGGGGGAGUUCUGCCUCUGCCGACAGCCGAGCUGCGAGGCGAUGAGCUGUCCUGGCUGUCUGCUCGCUUGGUGUUUGCCCAACCGCCUCUGGCUGCUGUGAUCCCAACUCUGAAGGUCAAAGCUCAUACCUGAGCAGUGACUUCUUAAAUGAAGCUGUGGAGUGUUACGGAUUCAACAAUGAUUUGGGACAAGACAAACCCCCUUCCCCGAGGUCAUAGUUUGCCUUUGAACAGAGAUGCGUGUUGAACCUUGUGUUAUUUAUUUGAACUUGUCUGUGUUAAUUAUUUAUACUGUGCAAUUAUUGGUUUACUGUAAGACAUUAAAGCUUUUUAUUAUUU